UAAUUCUAUAGCUAAACUUGGUACAAAUACAUUCUUAAUUUUUGAUUUAAGAAUUAAUAGUUUUGGGAACAAUAGUAUCCAAAGGCAAAGAUUUUCCACAAAAAUUUACAACGUGGGAGAGAUGGCGAUUAAAUUGAAACAGUAGUUACAUAAGGUUGUUGUUCUUGCUGGUUGAGAAAAAUUGAGUGGUGAAAGAAGGUCCACGUAACCUCCUAUGGUAAAACAUAUGAGGAACCCCCCCAACCCUCUGAAAUCCGUAAACUUUUUCCAACAUGAACCAAUCAUAUUAUUUUAACUUUUGUCUUUGCUUCUUUUUACGCCAUCAAUAUAAUUAUCAAUCACCAGCUGCAUCCAUCUAAUAAUUUUUUCAGUUUCAGAUUUUUCCUUUCUAUUAAGUACUCGUGUUGUUGUGUGUAUUGUUGACUGCUACUGUGGUUGCCUCUUUGAUGGAGAACAACCCUAGUUCUUCAAGAACUGAUAGGAAAACCAUUGAAAGGAAUAGAAGAAAUCAAAUGAAGGCUCUUUACUCUAAGCUCAAUUCUCUUGUGCCCCAUCAAACCUCCCGGGAACCCAUGUCAUUGCCUGACCAGCUAGAGGAGGCAGCGAGGUAUAUAAAGAAGUUGCAGACAAACUUGGAGAAAAUGAAGGAAAGGAAAAACAAUUUAACGGGAAAUGAGAUGGAAAAUAAGGCAAGCUUGAUGAGUAGUAGUAGAACAACAAUGCAGUACUUAAGAUCUCCACAAAUUGAGAUUCAUGAAAUGGGUUCAGCUCUGGAGAUAGUUUUAAUAACUGGGUUGGAUAGUCAGUUCAUGUUCAAUGAGACUAUUCGUGUUCUCCAUGAAGAAGGGGCUGAAAUUGUUAAUGCUAAUUUUUCGGCAAUUAACGAUACUGUUUUUCACACAAUACAUUCCAAGAUAAGUGAUUCUACCCACAGUUGCGGAGCUGCAAGGAUUUCCGAGAGGUUAAAGAAGCUGGUUCAAGAUGCUAAUAAUCCAUUUUGAAGUUUGAAUCUUUAAUGGAGAGAGUGUCAGGAUUAGAUCUACAUUGUUCUUACACUUUCCAUGGACUUGAGCUAAUUAGUUUCUUAAGGUAAUUAACAUCUAGAACUUUUUAAUUUAAUUAUUUAUUAUGUAAUUUAAAUCAAUUAAUUGUAGAUCAAACUAGGGUUUUUGAUGUGCAAGGUGACAGAUCUAACUUGAACUGUUGCUUGGAACUGCCAUCUUUGUCCCUUUAUGCAAUUCCAUGUUUCUUUCUCACACCAAUAAUAGAAAUGGUUAUUUUGGUUUCA